AUGCUACAUUUGGUAUCGAGGGAUUUGUUAUUGAGGAAACAUGAGGUUCGGAGCAAUGUUAUAAUGGUACCGACAAAAUUUACUUUUAACACAGUAGGCGAUUCUUGCAAAGGUAUCCAAUCAAAUAAUGGAUCAGUUCUCUAUUAUCUUCUUGGAUAUGGUUAUACGACCCGAUUUGUGGAUGUUGAUGGAAAACAGCCUUGUGUCCCUUAUCGGCCAGACACAUUUCCAUGUUAUACAUACGAUUCUACCUAUGCUGGAAAUUGCCCAACUGUCUCUUCUAUUAGAGCUAGUACUAUAAGAUCUAUGAUGGGACUAAAGUGUGUGGGAUUUUCGAAUGCUUUUAACUCCAGAAAAAGUAAUAAAAGUAUGUAG